UAUUUUUUAGUGCGUAGAUAUUUCACUUCCGGUCUCAGUCGUGUUUUUUCCGCUACCUUUAAUCGGCUGCGCUGGGACGUCCGAGUCGAUUAACGAAUCAUCGAACGUCCGCAAAGCAAACACAAAUUGUCCCGCGACAUGUUAACCCUGGAACUGGACUCCCAGACAAAGCAAAGGGACAAAAGUUAACGGGUCCAGGACGUUCGAUCGAUCGCCGAGCAGCGGAUCCAGAGAGACAUGACAGACUGUGCUAGAAGUUUCCACCGGUCCGGUGCGGCUGUCUUCAUGAACACCAGCGGCUGCAGCGGGUCUCACACCUCCAUAUUUUACCGGGAAAAGAAGUUCCGCUGAGUUCCUCCGUGCCCGGGGCUGUCGGAGCCUGAACCUAGCUGCGUGCUAAGCUAACACCGAGGCUAGCGGCUGACGGCCGGCUGUCCGCGGGGAUGUUCGGCUGUCUGGUCGCCGGCAGGCUGGUGCAGACGGACGCGGUGCAGGUCGCCUCGGAUAAGUUCGUGUUCAACCUGCCGGACUACGAGAACGUGAACCACGUGGUGGUGUUCAUGCUGGGCACGGUGCCGUUCCCCGCCGGCAUGGGCGGCGCCGUGUACUUCUCCUUCCCGGACCCGGCGAGCGGCGCUCCGGUGUGGCAGCUGCUCGGAUUCAUCACCAACGACAAGCCCAGUGCCAUUUUUAAGAUCUCCGGCCUGAAGGCCGGGGAGGGCGGGGCGCACCCCUUCGGCAUGAUGGCCUCGUCCUCCUCGUCGCCCUCCGUGGCUCAGGUCGGGGUGUCGGUGGAGGCCCUGGAUCAGCUGGCCCAGCAGAUCCCGGUGUCCAGCGCCGUCGUGUCCACCGUGGACUCCUUCCUGCAGUUCACCCAGAAGAUGCUGGACAGCUUGUACAACUUCGCCUCGUCCUUCGCCGUGUCCCAGGCGCAGAUGACGCCGAACCCCACGGAGACCUUCAUCCCGUCCAGCUGCAUCCUCAAGUGGUAUGAAAACUUCCAGAGGAGGAUGGGACAGAACCCGAACUUCUGGAAAAACUGAUGAAAGCAGAGACACUGCAGGAGGACUCUGAACUAAAGGCUGAUCCAGCAGAGGACAGUUUCCACAGUGCCUGGAGCUUCCAAUAAAAGUGUUUCCAUCCCUUCACCUCUGAAACUUCUUUACUUCUACGUGUGCUGCUGCUCUUCUGCCAUGUUAUGAUGUUACUGGACAACAUUAAUGCUGACUCUGCUUGCAGGAUGUUAUUACAAAUCCAAAGACACCAGGCAACUAAAGAAAAUCUCUUUAUUCCACAGUGUUAUGAAUCUUCCUCACGUGCUUCUCUCAUGAGGAACUUCACCGAAAGCAAAAGCAUCAUGUGUGAUCUGUGGAGACGCUUUGUAACUGAAUAAAAUACAUGCUUCUGUU